AAUAAUGGAGAACUAUCUCAGGAAUAACCUGCUCCAACCUGGCGUCCAUCUCCCACUCCUCAUCCUGCUGACCACCGCACUUGGUGUGUGUGGUGGUCAGGUGGUGGUCCCUCCCAAGGUGAGCGGUGUUUUGGGGAAGAACGUGACUCUGGGCUGCAGCUUCCAGAUGGACUCUAAUCUCAGUCUGACUCAGAUCUCCUGGGAGAAACGAUCCGGUUCCAGCUGGAGCACGAUAGCCGUCUUCAACCCCGUGUUCGGCAAAGUCAUCACGCCCGAGUACAGGGAGCGCCUGUCGUUCCACUCGUCCUCCGCCCACGACGCCACCGUGGUGCUGAGGGACGUGGGAUUCGCGGAUGCUGCCGUCUACACCUGCAAGGUCGCCACCUUUCCUCUGGGUAACGCGCAGGCCUCCACCACGCUCAGUGUGCUCGUGGAACCGAAGGUGUACGUAUCGGCCGGCUCCACGCCCCUGUUAGACGGAGGAAACCUCACCACAGUGGCCACCUGCAUCGCCGAACGUGCCCGUCCUCCGGCCGAGGUCUCCUGGCAGACGGAUCUCUACGGCAAGCCGGAGACGCACAUGCAGGAGGAGGCCAACGGCACCACCACCACGCAGGUGCAUUACACCUGGCAACCCGUACGCCACGCCCAGGGCCACAUCCUCACCUGUGUGGUGAAGCACCCCGCCCUGCAGAGCGAAUUCAGGAUCCCGUACACCAUCAACGUACAAUUCGCUCCAGACAUCCAGCUGCUGGGCUACGAUGGAGACUGGUAUGUAGGGAGAGAGAACGUCCAGCUAAAAUGCCAAGCCAGAUCGAACCCGCCCGCUCACCACUUCAGAUGGAUAAGGUUGGACGGAGAAAUGCCGAGCGGAGUGCAGGCGCUGAACAACACCCUGACCUUCCUGAGGCCUCUGCAGAGGAACGACUCGGGCGUCUACAGGUGCGAAGUGGGGAACGACAUGGGCGUGCGCACUCGAGACCUUCAGAUCCGCAUCCAAGAUCCUCCUUCCACCACCAUGCCUCCCACCACCCCUGUGCUCCUUCUAAACGCUGGCAUCUCUGUCACAGCGGCCGGUAAUAAACACCGGGCCUUGUUCACCUCCCCGACCCUGGCGCCGCUGCACGACAGCCACCUGGGCACCAUUGUCGGUGGCGCGGUGGGCGGAGUCCUCUUCCUUUUGCUCCUACUGGUGCUGGUCGGGAUUUUCUACCAGCGGAGGAAGCGCACCUUCCGCGGCGACUACUACACCAAGCAGUACGUCGGCCCCUCGGACAUGCAGAAAGCGCCGCCGCCGCCGCACGAGCUGCAGCAGGUGUACGCCAACGAGGCAGACCGGGACAGUCUGGAGACCAAGCCGAAGACGCCCCACGAGCUCAACGGGAGCAUCUUCGCCGAUAAAGACCGGGAGGAAUGGGGCGGAUUCGAGCGCGAGAGAUCCCAGAACGGUCGCAGCAGAGCCCUGCGAGAGGCCAACGCCCUGAAUAACCAGCACCACCACCCCAGCUACUACGCAAACCACCACGCCAAUCACCACCCUGACAACCAGCCCAACCAGCCGCACCACCCCCAGAACUCCAGCGGCACCCAGAACAAGCAGAGGAGCUCGCUAAAGCCGGAGACCCGCCGGUACCCUGGUCCUCAGGUCAUGGGAAACGGCUCCCCCUGUCUGCCGGAGGACUGCUACGACAGUGACUAUGUCUCACACACGGAUGGUUCCAUGAUCUCCCGGCGGGAGUGGUACGUCUGAGUGGUGCGAGACAGCAGAACUGGACUGUUGAUGCUCCACACAAUACGUCAAACUCACAAGAGAA